UCUCCAUCCAAUCCAAGACAACUUACACUUUCUACUCAAAAAAUCAAUCUAAAAUCUCUAUUUGUUUCUUUGUGUGAUCUUUGAAAAUGGCGAAUUACCAGAACCAAUAUGGUGCAACGGCCCAAUCUACAAAUGAUUAUGGGAACCCACUCACCACCUACACCGGAUCAGAGUCCCAAUCUAUAGAUGAGUAUGGGAACCCAGUCACCACCUACACCAGAUCAGAGCCCCAAUCUACAGAUGAGUAUGGGAACCCAGUCACCACCUACACCAGAUCAGAGCCCCACUAUACAGAUGAGUAUGGGAACCCAGUCCGCGAAAGGGGGAUGAUGGACAAGAUCAAGGAGAAGCUCCCAGGUACUCAUGACCCCUACUCAUCUCAUUCUCAUACAACCUACCCCACUGCACGUUACGGUGAAACCGGCUACACUGGAUCGGAGCAGCACCAUGGGAUGAUGGACAACAUCCCUGGUACUGACCCCUACACAUCUCAUUCUCAUACAACCGGCACCACUUCACCCUACGAUGGAACCGGCUACACCGGUACAGAGUACCGCCAGCAGAAGGGCACGAUGGACAAGAUCAAGGACAAGCUGACUGGGACUGGGGGACAUAGGGCGGAUGAUCCUUACUCAUAUCAUUCUCAUACAACCGCCACCACCACACCUUACGGUGACACCACCACCACACCUUCACCUUACGGUGGCACCACCACUUACGGUGGCACCACCACCACACCUUCACCUUACAGUGGCACCACCACCACACCUUCAGCUUACGGUGGCACCGCCACCACCACCUACCCCGGUGAAAAGAAGGGCAUCAUGGACAAGAUCAAAGAUAAACUUCCUGGUGGACAUUAUUAAAUCACUUCAUAUAUAAUAGGUGUCGUUUUGUGUUCAAUGUUUUAGUAUGACGUGUAUAAUAAGCGGUGCUUGGUGUAGUUCUUAUGUUUGUGAACACCGAGCUCUGCGCCAUGUCCUUUGUAAUUUGUGAUACAUACUUUGUAUGUCCUUCAUAUCUAUCUUAACAAUAGUUCGUGUGUAAGCAA